AUGGAAACAGUGAUGGAGGAAGAAGAUUACAGUUGGAGGGAAGUCAAGCAGCCGUUGCUCAUACCGAUUGUGCCGGAGCUGGAGCUGGAGAGAGAAACAGGCGAGAGAAGGCGUUGCCGAGACAUCGUCAUCGCCGUUGAUCAUGGCCCCAACAGCAAGCACACCUUUGAUUGGGCCCUCGUCCACUUUUGUCGGCUCGCCCACAACAUUCACCUCGUCCAUGCCUUCUCCAAUGUGGAGAGCGAGGUUGUGUACGAGAUGACCAAGGUCCUCAUGGAGAAACUUGCUGUUGAGGCUUUGCAGGUUGCUAUGUUAUAUGUGGAGAUCAUUCCUCAAAUUGGUGUCGCUGAGGAUAGGCAAAUAGAGAUAUUUGUCGAACAUUACAGGAGCGCGGAGUUUGGUGGGAUGACUGCUGUGGAUUUGAAUGAAGGUCCAGAAUCGCCGUUCGAGCCGCUGACAUAUGAAAUGCCUGUUUGUCACACGGAUGAACAGUAUGGGUGCGCUGAAGUCCCCGCUGAUUUGUUCGCCAUUGCAAACAUUACGUUAGACGAGGGGAUGAAUAUUACGAAUGACGUUAAUUUAGAAGACAAGGAAACCUACGAGUAG